UGUGUGUGUGUGUGUGUGUGUGUGUGUGAAUGUGUGUGUGUGGUGGGAAGGACUCAGAGCUGCUGUGAGGAGAGUGUCAGUUAUCAGCACUCAAUCGGAGUGUAAAGAUGAAGCUUCUACUCAGCAGUCUGCUCCUCGCCUCUCUCUGUGCCCUCUCAUCUUGGAGUGUUUCAUCUACAGGCACACCUGCUCUUACUCAGACCCCUGAUGUCUCUGUGGUGGAGGGGGAGACAGUAAACAUCACCUGCUGCUGGACCCUGGAGUAUGAAAGAAUUAGAGUUUGUUGGCUGAAAAAUCUAAUAGAAAUGAAAGCUCAGAUUUUCUACUCGAAGAAUGCCCCUCAAGGAUCUCUGCUAAACGAAACGUUUAACUGCUCACACUUGACCUUAACGAAUGUCACGAGUGAGAAUUCAGGGAGAUACAUCUGCAAUGUGGCAGUGGAUAUACCAGCUUUACUUAGGGUUGAAGGAAAUGGUACUGUCGUCACAGUUACGGCCAGAGACAUCAUAGAGAAGAACACAGCAGGAGGUUCUUCCAGUCUUCUGUCUACCGUGGUCAUUCCCCUGGCUGUGGUGGCUCCAUUGCUCCUCAUUGCUCUCGUGUGUUUCUGCUGUCUGCGAAGGAGAGAAGCACAAGCAGCCAGGGUGAUCUACGAGGUUCCCCACAUUGACUCUGAGGAGGUAGAAAUGGACAAACACAGCACCAGCUCCUCCAGAGGUUCUUCUCAGUGGUGUCAGGUUCCAGUGUAUGAAUCCUGCGAUUACUUUGAACGUGUCGAGACCAAAGAAAGUGGAUGAGGAUGUGCUGUUCAGGGAAAUUUCCUCAUUUUUUAAUAUGUUCUACUUUUCAGCAUAUAUAUAAUGUACAUUUAUUUACUUACAUUUACCUUAAUUAUGUACUUGUAUUAUGAUGUGUAAAUAUUUUUCUAUUUUUCUAUAAACUCAGUCCUGUCCAUCUUUGUGGUCUAAGUUUAUUUCAAUAAUGACAAGUUGUGUGUGCAUACAGGUUUACUUUCACGGUUGCUUUUAUUUUCAAUUGAUCAUAAUACAAGCUAUAGUCAGUGGUCUGCAUAAGGAAGUGUAUUGAUUCUGUAGCAAAGAUGCAGGUUUCACAAUGACUUCAAAUCACAAGAGGGAUGCUGAGUGGAAACUGUGGUGCUACGGCGCUGCAAAGGUCACUGACAGGAAGUGGAAACAGCUCCCGUGUGGUCGUUUCUCCCUGGCCUUGACACUAGAUACAGAGCUUCUCAAAUGUUAAAUACUGAGAAGCUGACUUACUGUAAAGACAUUUUUGCUGAGACCAUGUUUUACUCAUCAUUCAUCUCUAAAUAAAUGUGCUCUGCAUUUCAGGUUAUGUCUUUGAAUUCUCAAAUUUCCUGUGAACAUGUUGUAAAAACACCUUUAACAUCAUUGAAAGCUGAAUUACACUUUUAAAAAGCAUGAGUUGCUCACACAAGCCAUACAGACAUGCUUAUUAAAUA